CCACCAGUUACUUUCUUCUACUCAAUCCAGCUACGAGACAACUACCUGACCCAUAAACCACAUAUCAACUCCUCCUCCAAACGACCACAAACAAACACCAUGGCCAGCUUCUCCAACACCUCCACGGGCGACAAGACCGCCGACCCCUACCUCCAGAAGAACAUCGACGAGGCCUCCCUGAAGGAGAAAGUCGAGGACCUAAUCCAAUUCAUCGACAAAGUCAAGUUCGGCCUCUUGACCACCCAAACCGCCAACAGCGACCUCCUCGCCUCUCGAGCCAUGGCCCUCGCCGCAAAAGAGGGCAACGGCUUCGACCUCCUCUUCCACACGAACACCGAGUCCGGCAAGACGGACGACCUGGCCACGCACCCGAGCGUCAACGUCGGCUUCAUCACGCCGUCGGGCGAAUGGGCGUCCAUCUCGGGCCACGCGACCGUCGAGACGGACCGCUCGCUCGUCAAGAAGUACUACUCGCCCGCGCUCAAGGCCUGGGUCGGCGACCUCGGGGACGGCACGCACGACGGCGGGCCCGAGGAUCCUCGCAUCGGGAUCAUCAGGGUCAAGGCGAAUACCGCGCAGUACUCUGUGUCGAGGAAGGGGCUGAUUGGGAGCUUUGUGGAGUUGGCGAAGGGGGUGUCGUCCGGGGAGGCGCCGGCGAUUAAUAAGAUUAGGCAUAUCAGUGAGGCGGAGGUCCAGCAGUGGAGGGCGCAGUAGAUUGAUACAUUGUUCCCUGGGAUGAUGGAUGGAUGGGGCUUUCGCUGAGGAGGGGGGAUGCCGGAGCGAAACAAAAUCGACAUGAUAUCAUGAUGCCAUGUGGGAGUGAAUAGGGGACAGUUGAGAGACACUACCAGUUACUGUCUGUUCCUGCUUUAGCUUUCAUUAUUGAAGGGAUGAG